GCACAUUGCCUUUGCCAUGGCCCGCAGCAGCGCGCAGCUCGAGGUCGACCGCCUCAACCUCUCUCUGCACUACGAAAAGCUCCUUCUGGCGCCGCCGACGCGCCACCUGCCCGUGACGAUCCUCACGGGCUUCCUCGGCAGCGGCAAGACGACGCUAUUGCGGCACAUCCUCAAGAACCGCCUCAACCUGCGCGUGUGCUGCUGCGUGAGCGACGUCGCCGCGCUCAAUGUGGACGAGCAGCUCAUCACCGAGUCCAAGACGCGGACGUCGACCGGAUUUCUUAUGGAGAACGGCUGCAUGUGCUGCCCCGUGCGCCUCGACGUCGACAACACGAACGAGUUCAAGGACGUGGUGUGGCAGGUGCUCAGCCAAGACGACAUGACCAUGGACUACCUCGUGGUCGAGACGAGCGGCACGACGGACCCGCUCGCGCUCAUCGAAGCCAUUCAAGCGCGCUUUGGCAAGCUCACGCGUGCCCGUCUCGACUCAGUGGUCACAGUCGUCGAUGCCGAUGCGCUAGUCGCCGACGCCGACAACAACGUGGCCCCCUGCGCCGUCGCGCUCAACCAGCUCAAGUGCGCCGACGUCGUGCUUCUCAACAAGAUCGACUUGCUCCAUUCGCCAGAACGCAAGGCGCGGGCACAGGAGGUCGUGCGGGCGCUGACGCCGGCCGGCGCGCACAUCUACGAGACGACGCACUGCGACGUGUACCUUCCGCGCAUCCUCGACAUUGCGCCGCCCGAGGGUAUCUACAACUCGGUGAGCCACGAGCGUGUCCAGGCGCAUUGGAACACGUCGGCGGCCUCGACCUUGCGUCGCACCCAAGUCGAUGGUCGCGCGUAUACGCCGAGCCACACUGAAUGGUCCACCGAAGUCCUCGAGUCCAAGACGCCCGUGUCGCUGCCGGCGCUGACUGCGUGGAUUGGCGCCAAGCUCCCACCGUCGACGCUGCGCGCCAAGGGCAUUUUCUAUCUCGCGGAAGACCCGCUCCACCGCUACGUGCUGCAGCUCAGCGGCAAGCAACGGCUCGAGAUGACCAACACGGGCAAAUGGCCGUGUGCGCCGUUGACGCAGCUGGCUGUCAUUGGCACCGGCUUCGAGGCGGCGUCCGUACAAGCGGAUUUGCAGUCGUUGAUUGCGCGUGACGCGCUCGAGUCACACCAAGCGGCGUGUGUUGCGCAGCUCGCUUCCGACGACCGCUUUGAGCUCCUCCGCGCCACACCCAACGAGGUGCGCUUCCGCCUCGUGUGCCCCGUCAACUCGCUCAACGAAACCAUGAUCCGACACCACCAUCACAUUGACAUGAAGGCGCUCAACCUCCAAUUGGCGACCCAAGUCAACGCGAGCGGCGACGGUGCCCUCCUUCUCGCGCUGCCCGGUGACGAUGAAAGCAGUCUGGUGUUGGUCGCGUCGGCCGCGGGGUCCCACACCCUUCUGAGCAUGUGGCCGACCAUCGAUGCGCGCGCCAAACUGAUCUUGUACGACAUUCGCAAAAAGCUCUCCGAGUGCAUGUGUGGCUUCUAACCUUCGACGUCGUCCCACGCCAAGCUCUUGAUCGUUCUCUUGUUCGGAUUAUAUCGUUCGUCUUCUUCUUCCACGUGAUCCUGAGCCAGGCUCGCUGUAGAGCUUCCUGGGAUAUCAAUGUGAGCCCGUUGUAAGCUGUGGCGUAGAGCCAAGAGGUCAAUCUAACGCAAAGAAUCAAGUAGAUGUUGGGAGCUCAUAGCAUCGCUGGGCGAGAGGUCUGAAGAGAGAUCUACGAGGACGACCCUUGGACAAGAGUCGC